AUGCCACCAAAGCCAUCGGCGAAGGGAGCCAAGAAGGCGGCAAAGACGCAAAAAGUGCGCAACCCUGACAAGAAGCGGAGGAAGUCGCGAAAGGAGAGCUACAGCGUUUACAUCUACCGCGUCUUGAAACAGGUUCACCCCGACACGGGAGUCUCCUCGAAAGCGAUGUCGAUUAUGAACUCGUUCGUCAAUGAUGUCUUCGAGCGGAUCGGCGCCGAGGCCUCGCGCUUAGCGCACUACAAUAAACGAUCGACCAUUUCGUCUCGCGAAAUUCAGACGGCCGUCCGUCUCAUUCUGCCUGGCGAGUUGGCCAAGCACGCCGUCUCCGAGGGCACGAAAGCCAAAAAGUCAUUUUUCGGAAGUUGGGUUGACGUCGGACAGAUACAAGUCCGAAAGUACGAGAAUGAGACGAUUUGGAAAGGAAUUAUACGAAAAAAAUCGAAAUCGCUUAAGAAAAGUUGGAUCCUGGAACGCACGUACAAGUCCGAAAGUACGAGAAUGAGACGAUUUGGAAAGGAAUUAUACGAAAAAAAUCGAAAUCGCUUAAGAAAAGUUGGAUCCUGGAACGCACGUACAAGUCCGAAAGUACGAGAA